AUGCACAUCUGCGUGCUUCAAGCCACCUACCCGGAUGGUCAUAUCCUUCGUGAGCACGAUGAAUACGCCGACCCAGGCCGCUACGUGAAGCAGCACACCUUUCAUCACCGCUUCAUCGACAAGGCCAACUACCGUCAGCAGAUCGAUGCUGCCGUGGCCGAAAAGUUUGACUUUUACAUCAACUUCAUGUGGGGACAGCCUGAGGAUGAGGUCGCAGGCGUUGAAGCUACAGAGUAUUUUGAAAGCCUCAACGUGCCUUUCAUUGGCCUUCGAAGUCGCAUUCUACGCAAGUCAAAGACCGAUCUUUACGACGCGGCUCGUAAGAAGGGGAGCCCUCCAGUACCCUCGGCAGACCCCGAUGUAUUUCCUGUCAUUUUCUUGUCUGACAAGUCCAUCUGCUUCAUAGCAGAGGAACGUGACGGAGCUGUCGCCAAUAUUGAUUGGCAGCUUCAACCCGGUCGCAAACCCCCAACCCCACCUCUGGAGAUGAAACCGGCCACGGUCUAUGAUCUUCCUGACGAUAUCAUAGUUCAAGAGUUCAUCCCAGGGAUUGAUUACUCGGUCGUGGUCAUUGAGUUUGGAAAAACACCUAUUGCGUUGAACCCUACCAUCUACAACUAUCCCUCUAGCGAGGAUGCCAGCAACAAGUACCGCUUCCUCACCUUUGACCUCAAGUUUCACCCUGAGCUGUCCGAGAGUCUCGUCAAUCGUGACGAUGACCCGCAGCUCUUCGACACGCUCCAGAAACUAGCUGUAGAGGCGUUUCAAGUCAACGACAUGGCCGGUGGUUCUUGGGGAAACGUCGACAUCCGCAUCAAGCCCGAUGGCAAGCCCGUCGUCAUCGAGGUCAACCCCAUGCCUGCAGUCUUUCUCCCUCCAGACUGUGGAGAAGAGGCUGUGAUCUCGAAGAGCCUUCCUGGAGAACAUCGCGCCUUGUUGAACAUCAUGAUGGCAUCGUACAUGAUGCGAUCAGAGACCUAUGACAAUGGUCGUCAGGAUCUGAUUGGCAAAGUGUACGAUCGAGUUGCACCACAAUAUGACACCCAGUACACCCCCCACGGUACUGUGCAAGAGGUCCUGGGCCGCCUCUUUUCCAAGUUCAACUUUGACGGUAGUCUCUUGGACAUUGCCUGUGGCACUGGUCUCUUUGGUCGGUUGAUCCGAGCCCAGCAACAGACACACUCCAAUGGAACAUCAUCAACUUGUCAAAAGUCUCGUCACGUUGGACUUGACAUCUCAUCAGAGAUGGCUCGCCUGGCAAAGGAGUCAGGCUACGAUCAUGUGUUCGUCGGCCCAGUUCAGGAGGUCCUCCCUACCAUCACGGAGUCUUUCGAUCAUAUCAUGUGCUACCAGGCCAUUCACUUUGUGAGCACCUUCGAAGUUUCCCUGGUGCUGUCUCGGUGCUUCCAGUUGGCAAAGAAGUCGGUGACGAUUGGUGUUGACGAGAUCCCCGAGGCGUACAAUGAAGCCAUUAAGAAGCUCCCGCCUCCGAACAAUGUGAUGACGAGCAUCAACCAUGUUCAAGAAGUGAGAGAUUUUGGAGUUCCGCGAGGUUGGAAGCUGGCUCUGGAGGAACAAGUCUUUGGUUGGAAGUCACCAAACACCAACGUCGACGUUAACACCACUCUCUUUCACUUUGAACGGAUAUAA